CCGACACCAGCAGCGCACAAGCCGCUUAAAGAUGGAAUCCAACUGGAGGGAGGAUUUAUUGUUCGGAGUACUGGAGAACAAUGAGAACCCAGCAGACCUCGUGAAGCCUGAUAUGGUCAAAGUAGUCGACCACAAGUCCCUGGAUAUGCAUAUUAAUUUCGAAACUGGUACAAAGGCAACUCCGUUGAACGUUGGAUGUACAAAAGGCGAUUCGUGUGGAACCAUCGAUGUCUUCGGGAUGAGAACAUCAGUACAAAGCGCCGAUCCCUUCUUCGGCGACAUCUACAGAACUCCAAUCAGUGCCAGCUACAGUCCUCCAUCGGUCCCAGUUGAGUCUCAAUGUGGGGAAGAGGUUUUCUCUAACUGUGAUGGCACUGCUUCGAGUGGUCAGCCACAACGUCAGCAGCAAGAACACCAAGCAGUUGAACUUCCUCGAGGUCAGUGGCCUGAGCAGCAAUGGUAUGAGCUCUCGUAUGACCAUCAGGUUGAGGGAAAUGUUGAGUUCCACUGGGGUGAGCAAUUUUUACAGCCAAUCAUGCUGCAGAAUGUCCAGAUGCUUGACCGUCUACAAAAGGAUCUCCAACCUGGUGAGCAGCUUGAAGAAUUUGUUGUUACUUCCCAGCAUUCAAUCCCAAAUGAAGAAUCUGUGGAAUAUAUGUCUAAGCACGAAGCAAACUUCAAAUUUUCUUCCGAGAACUCGCGUGGAUAUAUGUCGGAUUUAAAUGAUCUUGAUAGUUCGAAACCUAUUUAUGCUACUGAUGCAUAUCUUAAUUGGGCCGUGCCGGAAACACCUAUUCACUCACUCAAUGGGUCUGGAUCACCAUUUUCUCCUGCUUUUAAUAUUAAUCUUGAGUCUCCUAUCAAUCCAUGGAUUCUAUCUAAUGAUGUUGCAUUGACAAAUACAGCCGAGAAUACAUCACAUAAUCUAUUUGAUAUGAUUUCCAACUCCCCUCACCAAAUUCAAAGCAAGACUCUUCUUACGAUGAACUCUAUUACUCAACCAAACACCUCAGGAAACAUGGGUGAUACUUCGCUUGCUCCUCCAGUGUCUCGGGAAAAAGUUUUGUUUGACGCCAAAAUAAACAAAACGUAUACAAAACUCUUUAGCCCGUACAACAAGGUGAACUGUCCACUGUGUGGUAUUGUAUUUCCACGCAGAAGAUUCCUUGCGAUUCACAUAAAAUCACAUGGUGCUAAUAAGAUUUACAAAUGCUCCGUGUGCGACUGUUCCUUCAACAUAAAGGUCUCCCUUGAUAAACACAACAUACAAGCUCAUGGACCACCGAUGGCCAAGAAUAAUAUCCUGGAUCAGCAACAAAAGGAUAACUUGGCAAGCCCCCGGACUCGUGAGCCAAGCCCCUGGACUCGUGAGCCAAGCCCCCAGAUUCGUGAGCCAAGUCCCCGGACUCGUGAGAACAGCACCCGGACUCGUGAGCCAAGAACCCGGAUUCGUAAGCCAAGUCUCCGGACUCGUGAGCCAAGCACCCGGACUCGUAAGCCAAGUACCCGGACUCGUGAGCCAAGUACCCGGACUCGUGAGCCAAGACCCCGGACUCGUGAGCCAAGCACCCGAACCCGUGAGCCAAGCACCCAGACUCGUGAGCCAAGCAUCCCGGCCUUACAGCAAAGCAUCCAGACUCCACUAAGUAGUUUGUUACAUACACUUGAAACUUCGUCUGCGCCUGAAGUGUUUCUGGUUAAGCUUUUCCUUGACUUCUUAGAAGAAAAAAAACAUCAAAGUUUUCUUUGUAACCCGGACUGCAAAAUGAGCUGUCAACUGUGUGGUGUUUCAUAUACAAACGAAGAAAAUCCUGUGAAUCACACGAGGUCCCAUGGAGCUAAUAAAAGAUAUCGGUGUACCAAGUGUGAUUGUUCAUUCAAGCAGAAGGUCAACACUGACGAUCAUAGUGUACUCGCUCAGGAGGCACCCAUCAUCAGUGAGGUCACCCAGGCUCAGCAAGAAGGAAGAGACUUGGCAAACAUGUCGACACCUGGGCCAAUCAUGUCGACUGUUUUGCCGAGCGCCCCGAGCGUGCCGCCGAGCGCCCCGACCGUGCAGCCGAGCGCCCCGACCGUGCAGCCGAGCGUCCCGACCGUGCCGCCGAGCGCCCCGACCGUGCAGCCGAGCAUUCCGACCGUACCGCCGAGCGCCCCGACCGUGCAGCUGAGCAUUCCGACCGUACAGCCGAGCGCCCAGACUCUGCAAAUCACUUCGCCAGAUACACUUGAAAUUUCGUCAGCUCAGGCUAAGCUUUUCUUUAGCUGCAAAAGGAAAAGAAAACAAAGUUUCUCCAGCCCGGACUACAGAGUGAACUGUCAAUUGUGUGGUGUUUCAUGUACAAACGUAGACGAUCAUGUGAAUCCCACGAGGUCCCAUGGAGCUAAUAAAAGAUAUCGGUGUACCAAGUGUGAUUGUUCAUUCAAGCAGAAGGUCAACAUUGAAGAUCGUAAUCUACUCUCUCAUGAGGCACCCAUCAUUAGUGAGGUCACCGUGGCUCAGCAAGAAGGGAGAGACUUGGGAAGCAUGUCGACGCCUGGACCUAGAAACUCAGUAGACGGGCACGGGACUUCAUCUGUUCCUCUACUGUCUCAGGAAAAUGUUCACUCUAACUACAAAGAUAAAAAAACACGUAAAAGACCAUUUAACCCGCACUUCAAGGUGAACUGUCCACUGUGUAGUAUUACAUACGCCAAUAAAGGACAUCUCAAGAAUCACAUGAAAUGCCAUGGUGCUAAAAGGUAUUAUAGUUGCUCCAUGUGCGAUUGUUCUUUCAACAAGGAUGUCAACCUUGUGAAACAUAAUUUACGCGCUCACACGGGAUCGACGCCCAGGAAAAGCAUCUUGGCACAGCAACAAAGCAACAAGGGAAAGAUUUGCUAAAGAGCGUGAUUCCUCGGUCCAGUAGUUAUGUGCAUACAUGUGACACUUAGUUUACUCCCCCCACUGUCUCAGGCUAAGGUUAUCUUUAGCUGCAAGAUGAAAGAAACACUUCAAAUAUGCUUUAAACCAUAUUGCAAAGUCAUCUGUCCAUUGUAUGGCAUUUCCUUUGUAAGAAAAGGACAUCUUAUGAAUCAAUAAAUCUCACAAUGGUAAUAAGAUAGGUGUUACAUGUGCAAUUGUUCCUGCACCCGGAAAACUUGCAUUGAUAAAUAUGAUUUUUCACUAUUAUAAGGCAUCGAAGACCUACAAUGUUUUUAUGGAACAUCAAAAAGAUUAAUUCUUCCCUCUGUUGAAGCUGAAUUAUUAAUUUCGUGACUGACAGCUCAAGUCGCUUGACCAUCUUACAUUAUAUAAUUUAUUGUUUAGAAUAAAUAUGUAUUUUCGGUUUUAAGUAUUUCUUUCUAAUCAGUAUUUUGUAGUUUUUAAUUUCUUUGUUUAUUUUUUGUUAAAUGAUAUAAUGCAUGAAAAUCCUCCAGGAUUUUCCUUAUUUUAA